AUGCUGGAGGUAGUGUCAUCCGUAGCGCCUGUACGAGGGACGCAAGGUCAGUUCACCGUGACAAUCACCCGAGACUGGUGCACUCAACAUUCUGUUUUGGGAGGAUUCUCCGCCGCCGUUAUGCUUUCCGCUGGCCGGAAAUUCCUCAACCAGGAGCUGGGCGAAGGUCGAUAUCCCGACCCGGUGCACGCCUUCGUACAAUUCCUCCGGGAAGUCUAUCCGGGCGAGUCCACGAUCACCUGUGACUUGCUACGAAAGUCGUCACGACAAUGUGUCGUCACGGUUGAGUUGAAACGUGCUGCUGCUGCUUCGGGGUCCUUUCAAAGAGACUCGGGCACAACCACCACCCUUGGCGUUUUCACCUAUGCCAAUCUCUCCAGGGAGCAAGGCCUUACCCAAGAGCCCUAUCCCUUGCCACCAGCAAGAACAACACUGACCAGACCAUCGUUUCCCAACCGCCAAACCGAAUGCAUCGCAAUUGACGACCCUGUCGUCGACGCCACACCCGUAACUCGGAAGAUGCACUGGGUUGCGCCCCGCUCCGCCACCGGACUCUGGGGCCACCGUCUGGGGGGACACAAUCGCGAAGUAUGGCUUUCCUUCCGCGACGGCACCAGGAUCUCGGACAUAUUACAUCUAGCAUAUCUAUCAGACCUGCCGCUCCACCCUCCAGCCACCCAUAUCCCCGACUUCUAUGCCAAGCACGCCAUUUCCACCUUGUGUCUGUCGAUCGAGUUCAAGCGACGGCCCGAUCCGUCCACGGAAUGGGUUCUGAUCCGUUCCACCUCGUAUCAAGUCGCACGCGGUCGCUACGACGUGAGCCUGCAGAUCUAUGAUGAGUCCGAGACCCUCCUUGCGUUGAGUCAGCAUGUGGUUUUUACGGCGCAUCUGAAGCCGGCUAGGGCGGCAGGGAGAUUAUAA